AUGUCAUUCACGAGAACAGCCAUCGCAUCCACCUCUCGCACCAUCCUCUCUUCCUCCACCCGCACCAACCUUCCUCGUAUUGUAUCGCGCGCUCUCACCACCAGUUCGCCCCUUCGCAAUGCCGCAGAACCAGUAGAUGCUAAAAUCUCCUCCAUUGUCGAUCAGAUCGAAAAGCUCACUUUGCUCGAAGCAGCCGACUUGGUCUCACACUUGAAGACGAGGUUGAAUAUUACCGAAAUUGCUAUGCCUGCUGCUGGUGCCGCCCCCGCUGCUGCCUCUGCUGCAGCAGGAGGCGCAGAGGAUGGUGCUGCGGAAGAGGCGGCUAAACCGAAGGAGAAGACAGUGUUCACGUUGAAGUUGGCCGGGCUGAAGGAUCCAACGGCUAAGGCCAAGGUCAUUAGGGAGGUUAAAGCAGCUAAUUCUACCAUGAACCUGGUCGAAGCAAAGAAAUUCGUCGAAUCCACCCCACAAGUCUUGAAGGAAGGAUUGAACAAGGAAGAUGCCGAAAAGCUCAAAGCGGCUAUUGAAGCUGCUGGUGGUGUUGUUGAGCUCGAGUAA